AUGGUUAUAACAACAAUUUUCUUUAACAGGAUUCUGGGUCGAGGAAAAUCCAUUGUGUGUGAAGCUGAAAUCCCACAAAAAAUUGUAAUAGAGGUUUUGAAGACAAGUGUUCAAGCUCUUGUUGAUGUUAAUAUCAGCAAAAACCUGAUUGGCUCUGCUGUUGCUGGGAGUAUAGGUGGUUUUAAUGCACAGGCUGCUAAUAUUGUUAGUGCUAUCUUCAUAGCCACUGGUCAGGAUCCAGCCCAGAAUGUUGAUAGUUCAAACUGUAUCACUCUCAUAGAACCCUCCGGACCAAGUGGAGAAAAUCUGUUGAUCACUUGCACUAUGCCUUCAAUAGAGACAGGGACUAUAGGUGGAGGAACAGUGCUGCCCCCACAGGCUGCUUGUUUAGAUUUGCUUGGUGUGCGAGGACCGUCGACUUCAGAACCAGGACAACAUGCUGCUACAUUAGCAAGAAUUAUUUGUGGAAUGGUCCUAGCAGGAGAACUCUCUCUAUUAUCAGCUCUAGCUGCUGGACAUUUGGUCAGUGCACAUCUCAAACAUAACAGACACAAUGUAAAUGAAACAACAAAGCAGUGCAGUGAAACUACGUAAAAGUUACUAGUGGUAUAAUCGGCCUUCUCAGUGAAACUCUGUAAGGGUUACUAGUGGUAUCAUCGGCUUUCUCAGUGAAACUACGUAAAAGUUACUAGUGGUAUCAUCGGCCUUCUCAGUGAAACUACGUAAAAGUUACUAGUGGUAUCAUCGGCCUUCUCAGUGAAACUACGUAAAGGUUACUAGUGGUAUCAUCAGCCUUCUCAGUGAACCUCUGUAAGGGGUACUAGUGGUAUCAUUAGCCUUCUCAGUGAAACUCUGUAAGGGUUACUAGUGGUAUCAUUAGCCUUCUCAGUGAAACUCUGUAAGGGUUACUAGUGGUAUUAUCAGCCUUCUCAGUGAACCUCUAAGGGUUACUAGUGGUAUUAUCAGCCUUCUCAGUGGUUCCAAGUUUCUAAAGUAACCCGUGUAUCAGUGGUUCCAAGUUUCUAAAGUAAACCUGUGUAUCAGUGGUUCAAAGUUUCUAAAGUAACCCGUGUAUCAGUGGUUCCAAGUUUCUAAAGUAACCCGUGUAUCAGUGGUUCAAAGUUUCUAAAUGGACACAUACAGAGCAGUGUUGUAAAGUAACCUGUAUAUAAAACAAGUUUUGAAUUUUAGGUUAUUUAAAUAGCGUAAGUUCCAGAAAAUAAGAGUCUUCAUUACAGGGUAUAAUUUAUUGGAAGUUAUAUAAAUAUAUAUUUAUUGUACUAAUGUCUGUAAAUACUCCACUCGAGGAUUUAUUUUGAAGGUGUAUGUUAUUUUUAACAUCAAUCCUUACUGGGUAACAGCUGCUAGAUUAGAGGAAUGUACUUUGAACCCUAAAUUUAUGUAUGUGUGUACAACACCGUACACUGUAAUGUUUUGUUCACAACGGAAAAUCUUACUGUGAUUUGUACAUAGUCUUAACAUAACAUAAUAUUCUAUUAUUGUUUCUUUGUUUGCUUGUUGUUAAGUGCAAAGCACACGAUGGGCUAUCUGUGCUGUGCCAACUAUGAAUAUUGAAACCCAAUUUUUAAUGGUGAGAGCCCUCAGACGUACUGUUCAACCACUGGGGGCUCAAAUUCGAUUAACAGCAAUUUUAUUAUAAAAAUAUAUUUUUUUAUGAUUAGUGAAGGAGAAAUAUUAAGGAAAUAUUUUUUUGUAAAAUAAUAUAUUUAAUAAAACUUAAAUUUAGCUAUUGAAGGGCAGUUCAGAUGUUUAAUAUGAUAUUUUUGUGUUUUAUUAACUUUAUUUAUUGAAAUUAGAAACACAUCUAACCAUUUUUGAUAUGUCAGUAAAUCAAUGAUUAGUAAUUAGGUUUCUGCUACUGAAUUCAGGAUAUACAAAACUUGGAAUGCUAUUGUAAUAUUAGUUAACUUUUGAAAUAUUUAAUGUUUGUUUAAUUUUACAUGAUUGUUAAACAAGUUAGAACUUUAUAUCAUGUUAUUUUCUAAAGUAUAAAAUAUAUAUCACAGAAUGCUAAUUUUCAGUAUUAUAUUUAUUGGCUAUUGAAUAGGAUAUUUUGAAUGAUGAAAAAUAAAAUAAUCAACACUAGCUUUUGAAAUACUAUUUCAUUUUUAUAAAACAUUUAAUGUAAGGUUUUGACCACAUACAGUAGAACUUGGACUUGUUUUUAAAUCUAAUUAAUUUUUGUAAGUGAUAAAACAGUGUUGGGAAAUCAUUGGAACAUUUUAUGUAAAUCUGUUAUGGUUUAAGUUUGGAUGUCAACUGUAGUAUUAUAAAUAAAUAACUAAGUAAUACCGCAAAGAACAACCAAGUUAUAACAUAAUGAACAACCACAUAAUACCAGAAAGAGAAACGAAGUAACCCCCCUAUUGUAUAAUAAUUAUAAUACAUUAUAUUUGCAAUGAGGCAGUAGUACUUGGUUUAUUGUGUUUUAAGUACUGUACUGUUUUAUUUAAUAAAUCGUGUAAAGUAAUUUGAAAUGAAUUUUUGAAUAACAAAUUUCUACAAUUUCACGUGUCCUCUUCAGUGUAAGUAAUAAGCUAGACUAAAGAUGACACGUUGAUUUCAUUUUAGACUACACUGUUUAUUUGGUAUAUUAAGUUUUUUUUAAGAUGUCUACUAGUAUUUUCACCACACUAUAUCCCUAACAUCAAUUGCAGCCGACGCGUUUCGCUCAUUAUCAGACCUCAUCAAGCCGGAUUGGGUAAAAUAAAGGUAAGAGUUAUUUACACAAGUCACAUUUUAUAAUAACCACUUAUUCUGGUGUGAACGAAAUUUGCUGACAAAACGUAAUUACACUCGGCCGUAAAUAGAUAUUCAUUUUAAUUGCAAUGAGUUUUUAGAUCGUUUCGCCAUCUAGUGGGAGAUCUGAGUGAUAGGUUUAAUAAUAAUGUCAUUAUUUAAUAAUUGGCAAGUUACAAAAACCAUUCUCUCUCUCUUGGGUUACUGGUUUGAUAACGUCGUUACUAGCGCUGUUUUCGGGUAUUUUCGUAGAGAUUAAAAAAUAUUUACUAUAAUUUGUGGAUGGUCCAUUUUAUGGCAUAAGUGACGCUGUUAGUUUUAGAUCAGAGAUCAAUGGUAGUAAUGUUAGGGUUGAUUAGUACUAGUAGGUAGUGUGUUGAAGAACAAUUUGAGUAAAAAAAUGUAUCAAAAAUUUGUAACAUAAUUGAGUAAAAGUUGCUUGUUUUUUAACAAAGUAACAGUUGAAAAUGAAGUGUGUUAAAUCGUUAUUUGUUCGGCAGUUCAUGUUAACUGGCUUUAGUAUUACUGUUAGUGUUAGACUCAACCUGAGCACAAGAUAAAUUACGGACUAAAGAAAAUAAGGUAAGUCACUUAAUAGUAAACUAAUUAUUAUUAUAACUUAAGGUCAUAGGCUUAACUUUGUUUACGUAACAAUGUAAAUGAAUAGCGUUGUUUACGAGAACUAUUCAGAAUAGCAUCAAAUUAAAAAUAUCCUGUAAAAUUAUAUAUAUAUACUGCGAACCGUGGUGUCUGUCUCCUGUUUAGGAGGCCGCUUCCCGCGCUACGUUUGAAAAGCUACGCAAGCAGGCAAAGCUCGAGUUUCAGUUUUGAAAUGACGGGAGAAUAGGCAUGAAUAAUGUUGAUG